GGCGGUGCUCGCUGUCCCGGCGCUGCCGAGUGUCCCGGUGUCGCUCGGCGCCGCCGGGAGCGCCAGGAGCGGCGGCUCCGUCCCGUCCGCCCGCAGCCGAGCCGAGCGCGCAGGGAACGGCGCGGCCGCCUCGCCGCCGACAGCGCGCUGUUGUCUUAGGUCAGCCUUCCCGUCCCUCAGACCAGCUGCAGUCGGCGGAAACAGCGAAUUUCAGCAACAGGAGGGGUUAGAGGAGAUGCCAGAGGAGCAGCCUCACCUUCAGCCCUGACCUGCUGCACCACUUCAGGCUUUCCCUACACACGGGUAAGCAAGCGCAUACAAGACAAAGAAGUUUUAGUUGCCUGUCUGCAGGUAUACAUUCUUAUGUGACUGUGUAUUGUUAUUUAUGAAUGUACAUUGCUAUGUAUGUUAUUUAUGCCUAAUGUUAAUUAAGCUACUCAUUUUUUUGUGUGUGUGAAACCCCCUGAUUCUCUUUGAUGUUGUCAAAUGUUUCUUUUGUUGUAGAGCUGAUACUGUCUGCUCAGGCAGAAGACUGUGUAAAAGGACAGUCAAAAAGUAAGAAGGUGACACUCAUGCUUUAAUCUUAUAGAAACACUAUAAUUAUACUGAAGGGUUUUUUAAGUUUUUAACGCAUUUGUUGUAAGUCUAAAGGGUGGGAAAACCUUUCUCCUCUUCUUCCCUCCAUAGUUUUUUCACAAACCACGAGGGCGUUUACGGAGCAAUUAGCACGGUUAAACCCGCUGUUAUUCUUUCCCCAUCCCUUCUCUUUCCCGGGUGUGUUUUCCCGGGCACAGCGGGCGUGGCUGCGAGGCCAGGGCAGGUGCAGGAGGGCAGGGCAGGACGAUGGAGGCAGCGGACGUGCCGCCCGAGGGCUACUCGCUGAUCAAGGCCGUGUACCAGCGGCGGCUGCGGCUGACGCGGCUGCUGAUCGACGGCGGCGCCUACGUCAACGAGAGCAACAGCCGCGGCGAGACGCCGCUCAUGGUGGCCUGCAUGACCCAGCACGCCGACCUGCAGAGCGCCAGCAAGGCCAGGAUGGUCAAGUACCUGCUGGACAACAAGGCUGACCCCAACAUCCAGGACAAGUCGGGCAAGACGGCCCUGAUGCACGCCUGCCUGGAGAAGGCGGGCCCCGAGGUGGUGUCGCUGCUGCUGAUGAGCGGCGCCGACCCCAGCCUGCCGGACCACUCCAACUGCUCUGCGCUGGUGUACGCCAUCAACGCUGCCGACAGAGACACGCUGGAGCUGCUGCUCAAGGCCUGCAAGGCGCGGGGCAAGGAGGUCAUCAUCAUCACCACCGACAAGUCCGCCUCAGGCAGGCAGAAAACGAAGCAGUACCUGAACGUGCCUCCCCCAGACCUCGAGGAGUGCGCUUCCCCAGCUGACUGCACCUCCCCGUCAGAGAUUGAACCGGACGAGGGUCCAGAAGACCCUUUCAGCUUCAAAGAGCUGUACGGCGGGCAGCAGGGGGACAGCUCGUCUGAAAGAGUGCCACUGAUGACCAAAGCCAGCUCCACCCCAGCACGGUUCAAGCUGACACAGGUGCUGCAGUGUGACCCGUGGCUAAAGUGCUGUCCAGCAGUGUUUCACCAGAGGAAAAUUGCUUCUCCACAAGAACUUGAGGGCAUCAGUCCCAUGGAGGAGCUCUCCUGUUCGGUGGGUGGCCUUGACUUGGGCAAGAGCAUCACCACCAGUCACGAAGGUAGAGACAGGAAGGACACUGCUCAGGCGCUGAGAGCCUCUGAUCAAACCAUGUCAAGGAAAGCACUGCGCGAUGCCAUAAACUAUCAGACUCCUUUUGUUGAAGAGAAGCAUAACCCCAGUGAGAUUCCCAUGGGCAUGGAUGCCAGUUUGGGGCAAAUCAGCUUGCUUUCAAACCUUGGCAGUAUUCUCAAGAAAGGAAGCGGAGAAGCAAACUACAACAUCUCCGGCUCUCAGCUGACUAACAGUCUGAUUCCUGCUGCUGACACCAAAGGUAGUAAGUCACCAAAAGGAAGUAAAGAGAUUCUUCCUACCUACCAGACUUUGUUGCCAAGUCCGAGAAGAGCUCUGGAGAUGUCUCCCGCUUCUCCACGAGGCAGAAAUCAGGCUCCUCUGGAGGAAGAGGGCUCAGGAGCCCUAGUGGUGGAUCAGACGAGGCCAGGUUUUCUGCCUCCACUGAAUGUGAGCCCCCGCCCCCCAGUUCCAGAGCUCACUGUCAUAAACACAGUCUCUGGAAUGAUUUCUUAUGGACAAACUCACUUAGUGCCCCCAGGAUCUGCUUUCCCUAAGGGGACCAAAGAGACCAAUCUGCUGCGGCGGAGGCCGUACGAGCAGAUCACAGUCUGAGCAGGUUCAGCAGUCGCUGAAUCUUUAGCAGGAGAGCAAAGGGGAUCUUUACGAUAUGUAAAUAUUCGCUGCAGUGCUUGGCUGUAAUGGUAUGUAUCACAAAAUAGAGCAGGGCUGUGAUGUGAAGUGACGUCUGCCUCAGGAUGAGUGGUACAGCUCAGAAACUAAAUGAACAGACAUCUAACGAGGCUGUCUUCUCCAAACUAAGGAGCGCUCAUUUUGCUGGUUUUGUAAAGUUUUCAACUUGCCUGUGACAGACAACCCACAACAGUCCUUCAGCAUUGCAGUUCUCAUUGUAGGUUGUAAAUACUACCCCUCCAGGCUUUCCCCAAACACGCACCCUUGCAGCACGCAGAGAGGUGUGCACAGGGGGUUUGGGACCCCGCAGCGUUUGACUGUGAUGCUGGACGCCGGGCUGCCCGUGUCCAGCUUGUACAUACACAGAAACCCCAGAGGCAGCGGCGGGCUGGGUGGCAGCAGCCGCACCCCGGCAGUGUCCCCUGGCCCCCGCAGCCUCGCAGACACGUCGCCGCUGGUGACAGCGGUGCCGCAGGGCUGUGCCGCCCGCGGAAGCCCGGCCGCGGGCGGGCAGCGUGCCCCGGAGCCCGGCUGGCCCCGGGAGCCGGCGCUGGCAGCCGCGGAGCUCCGCAGCGCUGCCGGGAGCCAGCCGGGCGAGUGAUCUGCCCCGGGGGUGCCGCAAGCCAGCCCCGCUCCGGCUGUCCCCGGGCACCGCGGGCUGCUGCCGCUGCAGCCUCUGGAAUCCGCUCCAGAGGGACUUUGUCUCAUUCGGGAAAGCGAGGAAAAGCGCUUUUAUUUGGGAAAAGCGAGGGUGCGGGGGGCAGCGCCUGCGGCUGGAACAGGCUCUGUAGCCUCCUGCGGUUGUGGAGCCUCCAAAAAGAGACGUGCCUGGCAAUCUGCCCCGGUGACAGCCCUCCUCGCCGGGCUGCGGACACCGGGACACCGCCGGAGUGUCUGCACGAGCCGGGGCACUGCGCGCACACACACACACCCACACACACCUGGGAGGAGCAGGAGGAGCAGGAGCAGGAGCGGGAGCUCUGUCCUCCUGCUCAGACAGACCCCAAAAAGAUCACCCCACAGCUUCAGGGAAGCGAGGCCCUGGCACAGCUUCCCCGGAGAAGCUGUUGCUGGCCCAUCCCUGGGAGUGUUCCAGUGGCUUGGAGCCACUUGGUCUAGUGGAAGGUGUCCCUGCCGUGGCGGGGACCUUGGAAUGAGAUGGGCUUUUGUUUCGGACGGUUUCCAACCCAAACCACUCUGUGAUCCUGUGAGUGUAGUUACGAAACUCACCUGGGAGAUGGAAACCCACAUUUUGCCUAAUUUGAAGCCGAGGGCUGAAUUUCCCACAAGUGGAGAGCAGUCCUCUGCAGCCUCCGAGCUGCUGCGUAUUUUUAAGUGUCUCUAUCUAAAAAUCUGAAAAUCUUUCUUUCCUUUAGUGUCUUGUGAUUCCAAGUAUCUCCCUUGUCUCUGUGUGCAUCCCGUAGAUGCUGGAUUUCUGGUAUUGCAUUUAGCAUUUAGGUCUCAUCUUCUAAAUUUUGAGGAAAAGUGGAUGUGUUCUGUCGUACUUUACAGAAAUUACUUGUGUUGGAGUUGUGUCUGUGUAGUGUGAAUUUCAGUAUACUGAAAAUAGGUAUUUAUUUCCUGAAGAUACUCAGUGGGUAUGUUGCAGCUUCAGUCCAAAAGCUCACCGAAUCUGACAUCGCCUAAAAAAAGCCUGUAUUGUUAUUUAGCUUUGCACUUAGCAGGAGACAAUUUAACGGGGAUCUUAAGCAUCAAACAGUGCUAAGGGGAUCUUGAACAUCAACCAAUUCAAAGAGGAUCGGAGACAUCAAACAAUUUGAAGGGGAUCACAAACAUUACGAACAUUUAAUGGGGAUCAUCACCAUAAAACAAUGUAAUGGGGAUUCUAAACACUAAACCAUUGAAAGGGGAUUAUAAACAUAUGCUCUCUGUAAAUAACUUUUUGGGAGUAUUUGUUUCCAUUCAGGUUCUGCCUUUUCCUUCAGGAGAUUUUUCCUGAAUCAGGCCCUGCGUACACCAGGUACAAAAAAGGAUUAUGUGGACAUAUUUUUAUGAUACAGAAACUAUGUGGAACAAAAUAUGUCAGUAUUAACUGAGUACAAAUUAGUCCCUACACAGAAUUGUACUUUCCAGAUGUUUUUAUGAUAAUACAAAAGGAAAUGGCAAGUUCUCAUCUGUUCACCUCAUAGUGAAGUUCAAUAUUUGAAGGGGAAAACAGAUCUUUAAAAAGUAAAAAUUCUUUCUUAGAGGAAAUUGACUAUCACCAGGUGUUCUAACUGGUAUCUUUGCUGAGGGUAUAAAGCCCAACUUAUGCUGUUUUGAUUUUAAAAUUGAUUAUGUACAUGGGACUGUGGUUCCCUUAAAUGAAACCGUAAUUUUUCUAUUCAAUGCUCAGACAGUGGAGGGAAGUGGCAAGAGUCUUGAAAAGGGAAGUUUUUUGGUAGUGUCGCCAGUAUUUUGUGAUUAAUUGUGAUGCAAAGUAGUGUGAAGUGUUAAUGUUUUUGUUUGUGCUGCUGCUACAAGUGACCUCCAAAGGAAAAAGCUUUGUUCUCUUGCUGUCGUUAUGCUGAAUAAAUAAAAGUUACUUUUCCCCCUCAGAGGGAACAUGGAAAUAAGCACAUGCUUUUAUUCACUGCUCAGAAAAUGAUGAGUCAUUGCAAAAGGUACUCACUCAGGAGUGUUUCUCGGGCCGCCUCUGUACAAGAAAAUGGGAACGGUUACUCGGACUUAAUGCAAUACAGCUAAAUUCGUCCAGAGUAUGGUGCGAGAGAGGCUCUUUCCACCUGCCGGCAGCUUCCUGUGCCUCCACUUGUGCAGCAGAGAUGCACUUGUGUUAUCUUUGAAGCCUUCAUCCCUGACAUUUCCCAGCCAGACCGAUGUUCUUUUCAGCCGAGCGCGGUCAGCGCGACCCCAGCGCCUGAUGUUAAAUCCUGGGUUAAAAACCAGCCCUUGGUGGCGGCACAGGAAGCGCCCGCGGCCGCUGGGGAGCCGGGCUGUGCUGGGGAGCGGCCCCGCGGUGACACCGCGGUGACACCACCGGGCUGAGCCACGGCCACACGCCCCCGGCGCAGGAGGGAUUUCAAACCCUCGGGAAAGGUGCAAAACAA